AUGCCUAUAGCUGGCCAAAAACUGACACCGGCAGCACUGGCUGGUGCAUCAGCUCUGGUUAAUGUCCCACCAGAAUGUCCACCAGAUUCAGAGCAAUUGGGAAGGUCAACUUGGACAUUCUUGCAUACCGCUGCGGCUUAUUAUCCUGAGAAACCGACUCCUCAACAUCGAAGGUCGAUGCUUUCACUUUUGACCUCACUUCCUAUCCUGUACCCUUGUAGCUAUUGCGCAGAACAUCUUGGAGGAGAAAUGGAGAAGAACCCGCCUGAUGUUUCUUCACGAGAAAAACUUUCGCAAUGGCUAUGUAACGUACACAAUGAGGUCAACGAGAGGCUCGGGAAGGAGAAGUUUGAUUGUAGUCGGGUCUUGGAAAGAUGGAAAGAUGGUCCUGCUGAUGGAAGUUCGGCCAAAGUCCUCCAAGCAACCUCUCCAACAUUUGAUGAAUCUCGAUCAAUUCUCCCUAUUUCUGCAUCUGUUCGCAAUGUUGCGAUUGCUCUCACAUCUGGAAAGCUGGUCACCAUCGACGAGCAGAAGAAACUCAAGGUUUGGGAUCUGCAUAGCCUAGAC